AUGCUUUUCAAUUCCGCCCUAGAACUCGUUGCGAUAACAGCCGCCCUCGCCAUCCCUGCCAAUGCAGCACCGCAACCCAUCACCAGCCCAUCCGAUCUCAGCCUGACAGCGAAACUACGACUCGCAGACACUGCCAUUGAACGCUACGAGCUCCUCCCCAACGACGCAGACUUCGUCUUCGAUUUCACCAAAAGCGAAGUCCCCGUUGCCAGCAGCCAGAACUGGCCUGCCCUUGUUGGUGUCGGUGCUUCGUUUAGUAUUGGUCAAUUGCCAGCAUGCAGCAUGGCCUUCCUCCAUCUCCACCCCCGCGCAACAGAACUCUUCUCCCUCUCCUCCGGGCACAUCCACUCCGAAAUGGUCCCGCAGGGGGGCGUGCUCGACUCAAACAACAAGAAGAAACAGAGAGUAAUAAGCACAGAGCUGUAUCCCGGGAUGGUAACAGUGUACCCGGCAGGGUCGUUCCACUCGCAGAUCAACCCGGACUGCGAGCCGGCGAAUUUCACGGCUGCGUUUAACAGCGAAGAGUUUGCGGCGAGUUUGGUUGCGGGGCAGGUUUUUGCGUUGCCGGAUGAUGUUGUUGAGAGGACGUUUGGGGGGAGUAUUGCCGGGGAGGAUGUUGAGAGGGUUAGAGGGGCGAUUCCGGUUGAUAUGGCUAUUCGGGUUGAGGAGUGUUUGGCCAAGUGUGGGUUGGAGAAGAGGAGUUGA